UCUGCUUCUAGAAACUGUGGCGCAGUUAGGUCGCCACGCUCGAUUCAGCUAGGAACGUUUAAUCUCGGUUUAUAUCUGGAAUCGUUUUCAACAGACAACUGGCUAACUGUUACGUAGCUUAGAUUCAAAUUGGUUUGAAAGAACACUUACUAUUAAAACCUCUCCUCUGCGUCUCGGGUUGCUAUUAAUAUAUUGUGCUUAACAGCAACAAUUUUCAGCUUUUUAACAGUUUAAGAGAACGUAAACUGUCGUGACUUUAGCAUUAUUGGCUGAAAAAUGGCAUAAUGGGCGGGAUUGUGGUGGCUGAAAUGGAGCUUUUCCUUCUUGAACAAUCUGAAGCAAAAAAAAAAUAGUAAGCGAAUGUCCGUUACUCGAGCAGAAAAACUGAGUUUUUUGGGCUUUGGUCUUCGCACAGUUGAAAAAUCCUCGACGCCAGAUCUCCACUGAGACCGACUCAGACCUGAAACGAAACAACAGCACAAAGGAACAUUAGAGAAAAGCGAAUGUUUGGCGGCGGAAAUCCAGAAAACGAUCAAAAGAGAAUCCGAGAUUGGAAAAGAAGUGCUCCAGUGCUGCGUCUGAAUUUUCGUGCUUCAUCAUCUUCAUCAUCUUCAUCAUCUGCUGAUGACACGGAUUCAGCUGAGGUACUGUCUAGAUAUUCAGACAGACCAUGGGAAUACUUAGAAAGUGAAGAGUACAUUGAGCGCUAUGGAUCAAAGCCUGUGUGGUCUAACUAUAGGAGGAAUCAUAAGGGGGGCGUCCCUCCUCAAAAGACAAGAAAGACCUGUAUUAGAGGUGACAAGAUAUGCGGCAAUCCUUGUCCCAUCUGUCGUGAUCCAAACAUCAUUGUCCAUUACAAGAAUGUGAACCUGUUGCAGCAGUUCAUUAGUCCUCAAACAGGAAUUGUGCAUGAUCCCACUCGAACCGGUGCGUGUAUGAAACAACAGAAACUACUUAACAAGGCCAUUGAAACUGCUAGAGAUUGUGGUUUACUUUCUGCCCAGCUUGUUGACCAGGGUUUCUCCAAGAGCCUCCAGCACUUCUCUCUUGUAGUCGUCAAAGUCUCCAUCAAUCUGGCUGAUCGAGUGGUCCUCAACCACCCACAGCUGGCACUGGGUCUCCGUGAUGAGCCUGGCAUCGUGGCUCACAAUUAUCACAGCUAA